CAUUAAUUUUAUGGGGACGCCCCUACAACCGGCAAUUCCACGACGGGACAAUCUCCUGAUCUCCUCACAACUUUCUCGUCAGUCUCCCCACAUCCGACUCUGUGUUCCUCAUCCCCUUCAAUCCAAUACUGCGAGGCCAUUUUACAACCCGUUCGAUUCCACUGUAUGGCUUUGCCAUCUGAAUCGCAUCGUAGCCACAACGACGACGUCUCCAAGUUCCUUCAAUCCACUGCUUCCAGCUUCGUUUCUCUCUUCAACCCUCCAAAAUUCUCACCUUCGCCUCGACAGCCACCUUCUUCCUCAGUUUCGCACUCUAGAAUCUGCUUCCCUUUCCUGUUCGCCGACUCCCCUAAACCUCAUCUCGACUCCACUCACUAUGACUCGCUCUCCUCAUCCAAUUCCCCAAUGAAGGGGGUGUCAUCGGUGGCCGAGUCCAACUCGGGAUUUCCGUCUACUGCGAGGGUUUCAGGGUUGAAUUACAGUCGAAAGGGUGGUGGACCCGCCUUCGUGGGUCAGGUAUUCAGCAUGUGUGAUCUCUCUGGCACUGGUCUUAUGGCUGUGUCUACCCACUUUGAUAUCCCCUUUAUCUCCAAGAGAACCCCUGAGUGGCUGAAAAAAAUGUUUGCGACAAUCACCAAGAGUGAAAGAAAUGGCCCUGUAUUUCGAUUUUUUAUUGAUCUAGGAGAUGCAGUUUCAUAUGUCAAAAGGUUGAAUAUUCCAAGUGGUGUGGUGGGUGCUUGUCGACUUGAUCUAGCAUACGAUCAUUUCAAGGAAAAGCCUCACUUGUUCCAAUUUGUCCCAAAUGAGAAGCAGGUCAAAGCAGCUAAUAAGCUUCUAAGGACAAUGCCACAAAAUGGCAUAGGCAAUAAGGUUGAUGGGGUGCCUGUUUUUAGUGCACAGAACUUAGAUAUUGCAAUAGCAACUAUGGAUGGAAUUAAAUGGUACACUCCUUACUUCUUCGAUAAAAAAAUUCUUGAUAACAUUCUUGAAGAAUCUGUUGAUCAACAUUUCCAUGCUUUAAUCCAAACUCGGCACAUGCAGCGCCGGAGGGAUGUGAUUGAUGACAACUUGACAGCAGAAGUGAUUGAGGAGAUGGGAGAUAGUUUAUUGGAGCCUCUAGAAGUUCAGGAAGUGCUAGGCGAAGUGGGCCCUCCUAGUAUACCAUUAAAUGUUAUUUCGAAGGCUGUGGAAAUUCAAUUCCAUUAUACUAUUGAUAAGGUUCUACUUGGUAACAGGUGGUUGCGGAAAGCAACUGGCAUACAGCCAAAAUUUCCAUAUAUGGUUGACUCAUUUGAGAAAAGAAUGAUGUCUGGUUGGUAGCUUUCUUCCUGAUUGGGUGAAGUCAUCAGCAUUGUCAGUUCUCUUUAACAGUGGAGGCAAGUGUUGGGUUAUGCUGUUUUUGUGCUUUCUUGGGAUGAAAAUUGUUCUGCAUUUUCCUGCAUGUGUGUACAAACAACUGGAACAGUGAUGACACUAUAGAUUUUGAAUUUGUGAAGGCUUAAAAGAAAUCACAAAGAAGUAGUGCUGAUGUAUUGCACAAUAAGUUCCAAGUCUUCUAAAAUUUUUUAAAUGUUAAUGAAAAAUUAACAGAACAGAAAGAUAUUAAAUAUGAGUAAUUUAAAAAGUCCAUAUGGCGACAUUUUAUUUGAAAACUGAUCAAGUCUAUAAUAAUUACCGAAGUUUUCUCCUUCCUAGAAUUACAAGCAUAAAAUGGAUGGUAUGUAUUGAGCCCAAUGCUGAGAUGGACCGGUUUAUCCCCAGAGAAUUGCUAAAAUGCCAGUUUAGAAAUGAUGUGUAAUGUUUUUAAAGAAAACAAGUUAAAGAGACCUCUGCAGUGGUUUGAAACUAGUGGGGCCACAGGAGAGGGGGAAAAUGGAACCAAGCAGCUAACUUCUGUCUGUUUUCCUGAAGUGAAAAGUUGUGUGGGAUUAGUAGCAUGUUUUCAGGGAAAAGUAGCAGUCGUAGAAGGUUUAUGCAAGGCUUGAGGUUUGCUUGGGAGGGUUUGUGGCCUCUGAAAAGUCAACGGGUGUCUAUGUUUGCAUGUCCUUCAUUUUUCUAAUCUCCAUUGAAGAGGUUUAGCCACUCACAUAUCUGUUAAUGUACUCCAACAUCAGUAUGAUUUGCCAUUGACAGAAUAGCAAUGUGAUGUGAUAGAAGGUGAGGAAGAGUAAGAGAGAUAGGUAGAAGAGAACGAGAGAAACAGGAGAGAGAAUCUGAAUAGUACUUCUGAACAUUAGAAAAUAAAUAGCGUACAACCUCUUAGGGUAAGGAUGCUGUAUAUAGUAAUGUCUAACUAACUAACAUAAUCCACGACCUAACUAAUUCUUAUAUAUCAUAUUAUUUACUUAGCAAUUCCCCCCUGGAACAUCCUUGUCCUCAUGGGUCAGAGAUACGGAAAUCUGAAAACUGUUCUCUGAAAAUUAAUUUGAGACAUCCAAGUUGCUUCUUCAUCUGGCAAGCCUCUCCACUGAACCAACAUUUCUGUGAUGAAUUCUGCCCUUUCUUCCCACUCUUUAUUCAGAAUUUUCUCGUGGAACAACUCUUCUGGAACUUCUGGCCAAUCUUCAGGGGAUGCCUUUUUUUCACUGAAGGAUCUGGACACAACUUAAGUAAUGACACAUGAAAUGUAUUGUGAAUUCUGGAUUCAGAAGGUGAUUCUAGCUUGUAGGCAACCUUCCCAACUUUCCCCAUCACCUUGUAAGGUCAAAUACCUUGGUGCCAACUUUUGAGUGCUUCUAGGCGAGGAAGAUCUGUCUAUAGGGCUGUAACUUCUAGAAAACAUAUGCCCUACUUUUAAUUCAGGUUCAGAUCACUUUAAAUCAGCGUUCUGCAACAUUUGGUUUGUUGCCCUGUGGAGAUGAUGCUUUGGAACCCCAACCAUUCGCUCCCUAGCUUCAAAACUUCAAUCUACAGCCUCCACUAUAGCUUUUCUCGGCAAGUAAUGAGUGUAAAUUGGUGGUUUCUGAUCAUAGAGCAAUUCAUAAGGGCUAGCUUUAAUAGAAGUGUGAUAGCUAGUGUCAUACCAACACUCAGCCAAUGGCAACCACUUGCUCCACUCCUUAGGAUUCUCCCAACACAAUCAUCGAAGAUAAGCCUCCAAACUUUGAUUUAGCAAUUCGGAUUGCCCAUCCAUUUGAGGGCAGUAAGAAGAAGUACGCUUUUGCUCGACUUUAAUCAUUUUGAGAAACUCCUUCCAGAAAUUACUAAUGAACACAGGAUCUCGAUCACUAAUGACUUCAAUCAGAGCCCCAUGAAAUCUGUAAAUAUGGUCCAAGAACUCGUGAGCUAGUGUGGAUGGUGAAAAAGGAUAAGAAAGAGCCAAGAAAUGGGCAUACUUGCUCAUCCUAUCCACUACAACCCAAAUUACCUCCUUCCCUCCAGAUUUAGGGUGCCCUUUUAUAAAAUCCAUUGUAACACUUCCAAACCUUGCUUGGAACUGGUAGUGGCUGCAAUAAUCCUGGAGUAGCUACCAUUUCAUAUUUACAGCGUGCACAAGUGUCACAACCUUCAUCAAAAUCCUGCACAUCUCAAAGGAACCUCUUCCGCCAAAUAAACUCCUAAUUUUCUGUUAAGUAGCUUGAAUACCCGAGUGUCCACCUUGAGCACUAGCAUGCAACUGUUCAAAAAUGAGUUGUCUCAAAGCUGGACCUUUUCCCAGCACCAACUUACCAUUCUUUCUUAGAAACUUACCAUCCGAAGUAUGCUUUGAGGGUGCCAUUUUGCCUUUGCAACUCAGAAAUUAGAGCCUUUAAAUGUGGAUCCAGCACCCAACUUUCUUCAAGUUUCUGUAAUAAUUCAGGUGAAGAUGUGUCCAAGGUAAUCUGCAACAUUUGGAGGGCUUGAGAGCUUCUAAAGUUCAUCAGCAGCUGUGUUGUCAUUCCCAUUCUUGUAUUGUAUCUCCUAGUCAUACCCCAUCAACUUAGCAACUCUCCUACCAUCUUUUCAGUAACAUCCUUUUGCAUAGAACAAUAGCAAUAUGGCUUGAGGUUGAUAGGAUCCAUGCCUUCUUGCAAGACAAUGGGGUGGUUAUGACCCUCUCCAAGAGGAGGCAGACCCUUAGGCUCAUCCAAAAGGCCCUUAAGUUCAUCUUAAAGCUCACCACCGCUACUGGAAGUGAUUCUUCUAUCUGUACAGCAAACAUUUGAUUCUGUGGUUGACAGGUUUCAGUUAAUUGGAGUAGGUAGACUUGACACCCCUCUCCAUUUUUGAUCUCCGUCUUACUUGAAUCAACCAUCUGCCACACCAAUUGAGGUUGUGCCUGCAAAACACAUCCUCCCAUUAUUCCAGAAAUACAUAGUAGAAGAAACAUAAUCCCAAAAAGAAUAAUGACGAUUUUGACCGAUUUCCAGCCCAACACAAUAUCAUAAUUCUGUAUGUUCAUUAUCUGUAGAUUUUUGGAGAAGUCUUUUCCCUACAUUCGCUAGUUGAACUCCUAAACCCCAUAAAUUUUCAAUCAUUGUGCUUCUUAGCCCAACCAUCAUCUUCUCCAUUUCAUCCUAGUUUCUUUUCCAAGUCACAGUCUAGGAAGUAGGAAGUCAUUGCUGCUUCCAUUGUCUAUCAAAAUCUGAAUUGGUUUCCUGCCUAUGUGCCUUGAAGCCUCAUGGACUUUGUCCCUACUUUCCCUUCAAUAGCAUAAAUUGAAAUCUAAUGGCAUUCAGGGGAGGUUUCAUCAUCUUGAUCUUCAUCACAGUGUUCUUGUAUGUCGUCUUCUAAAUUAUCAUCAAGCUCAAUCAAUUGCAACUGCAUCUUUUGUCUCUAAGACCAAUUAUGGCCUCAUGAAUAUUUUUGGUGACAAUAAAAACAGGGGUUCUAGGCUAUGUGUUUAGCCUCUUCUUCUAGGGUCAACUUUGGAGGGAUUUUAAUGCCAGAAACGAAUUGCUUGAUUGCAGACAAAUGAUAAUUCUUCAUGUUGGACGCUGAACUCGAUGCUGUAGACAUGUCUGACACUAUCUUCUCUAGUUUCGGUGUGUUUUGUUGAGACCCAUC